UUACUGGGCUAUGCCCGUUCACAAUACCUUCGUUGAGUCCAUCAGGUCAGCGUAUAAGUGCAAAGUGUCUCCCUUUCUUUGCUAAGCUUCAAACAUCACCAACCAUCACCACUAGGCACUGCCAAAGAAAGCAUACCUGCAACAUUUGACCCAUACCAAUCAGGAAAUAUCCACCAGCUCACAAUCAUGAGCUUCUCCAAACUCUCAAACCGACGCAAGUCUACGCAGAGCCCUCCCAGCGCUACCUCUUCCUCUUCCUCACUACACGAGACAUUGAUGACAACAACACUCCCUCUCGCUCCUCGCGAGGAUAACUACAACAUGUCUGAGGAGACCCGUCGACAGAUCCUCCUCGCCAAGUGCAAACGGUCCAACAUCGAGCCUUGGAAGAGUGCGAAGCCAAUCUACUCUACCCGCGAGUGAGGACCUUCCGCGCACAUGUCCAGGCAUGAAGUGGAGAUGGAGAAGUUUCAAGCAAGACCUAGGAUACUCGCAAAUUCAUAGGCAUCAACAAGAGCAAGAGCAAGAUCCGAAGCAGAUCUACUACAGUCAGGUAGUCCGAUUGUCAAGCAGUAGCAGCAAAAUAUCACAACGACCACUACAGCAACAGGCUCAGUAGAGUCGAUUGGAGGAAUCACAUCAAUUCGGAAGUUCCGCAGAAAUGCGCUCCUUACAGGGUUGAAAUGUUCGAAGACCUGAGAAUGGCGCAUAGGCUGAGAUUCGAAAGGCCUCAAGCAUGAAUAUAGAGAAGGUCCUGUAAUGGGGAGAGAGGACUUGGGCCAUGACAGGAGCUUAUGUACUAGAAGUAAUAGCUACCACUGCAAAGCGAAAUCAUUUUGGCGUAUCGCA